UGUCUGUUGUUGUUGUUGAGCAUUAAGAUGUUGUGGGCAGGGCUGAGCAAAUCUACGAGUUGUCUGCUGGGGGUGUUACUACUGACAGUCCUGAUCCAAAAAGGCCAUGGAUUCUUGGUAUUAUCCCCAAGGCAUGCUACCGGUACAACUACAAGUACAAGCACCGCUCUCGAUGGCAGUCUUCACGAGCACGAGCAUAAGAAUGGACAUGACGAGCAAGAUGAUGAGUUGGAUGUGACGAUGACGACGAAUAUCACAUUGACUUUGCCUCGCUUCUUGGAGGGAAAAGUGGAGGAUGGCUUUGAUUAUCCAUCUCCUCUGCACCACAUUCAUGUUCGCAGCAUUUUGUCCGACGCGGAAGUCGCACGGUGCUGGCAAUUGGCCGAAUCUUAUGCCCAACAGACUGGUUGCUGGGAAUCGCCCGAUCAGGAACGGCAUGCCACGUAUUCCACCUGUGAUUUUCCCAUACAAGACAAUCGAGACUUGUCCGACUAUUUGACGAGUAUUCAGUUGGACGAUCGAAUCUGGAAGAUUCUGGCAGAGUGCUAUGGCAUUCAGGAGACUGAUAUGACAUACCUGGACUUUUUCUGUGCCCAUUAUCAGGCACAACAGCCCAAUGACAAACAUGAUACUAGUACACAACAAACCACCAUGGAUCGAUUGGAACCCCAUCGAGACGGAUCUCUUUUAUCCUUUACCGUACUACUCAAUGAUCCCUCCAACUUUGCUGGUGGAGGCACCUUUUUUGAUGCCCUUCGAGAUGUCGUGCCAGACACUACACAUCCACAACAACAAGUACUAUACCAAGGAGGUGUCGUUCGUCCCACGCGAGCGGGAGAUGGCACCUUUCAUUCCGGCAAGAUUCUCCAUGGAGCCGAUGUCGUGACAGCGGGGAGUCGAACGGUCUUGGUAGGAUUUGUCGAUGUGGCCGAAUGGGCCCAACGACCGGGCGCCUUGGCACUAGCCUGUCGCGAUUGGGGACGAAUGGAUGUCGCCACCUUUCGAUACGAACGACAACGCAGCAAGUCGAAAAAUGGCUGGUAUCUCAACCAUCAACGAUGGUGUCCACCCAAAAGUUGCUUGAAAGGGUUUGUUCCAGCAUUUAGCUCGGUGGAACGUCGCGCCGAUCCCGAAUUUCAACGACAACAGAAACUCCAAGCCGAAGAUGUUCUACUACGGACUAUUCUAAUGACUGGGAAUGAAGCGGAAGAAGAAGAACAGCAUCAUGGAUUCGACUUGUUGGAGGGAGACAUUACAGUCCUCUGAUGAAGAAAUCUCUCUUUUUUUUUUGCCCAUUGAUGCAUGACAAGCAAACUUGACGAGAUGUGGGAAUUUGAAGGAAGAAUGGGC